UCCUGACAGUUUUAACCUCCGGAGAAGUCGAAUCGAUGGAGGCACUAAGACGACAUUACAACAGACCCCUGUCUUUGUUUCUCAUCACCUUGCCAGCCAUCAUCUCUCUAUCUAUCGGCCCCUGUCUACUCCUACUUAGAGCCCCUCUGAUAGCCGCCUUCUGGCCCAAUGGUCUACCCAAUAUCAAUGAUGGUGUGGCCUGCUUCAUGGCACCAGCUGGGCUUGUAUAUGCAGUCACAUUCGGUUUUACUUUUCAAUCCGUAUUGGACAAGCAACGCGGUAUCACAACCACAGUCUCCACCGAAGUAGGAUUCCUCGAUCAGAUUCUCGCAAUGACGUCAAGGAUGACGUCACUGACAACAGAAGAUAGACUCAAAAUCUACAGGUUGGUGAAGACAGAGAUCAUUUCUAUCAUGCAGCAGAUUACCGGUCGACGGGGUGUGAGCUCCAAGGACUACCACCAUGACUACUCUGCCGGUCAGAUAUGGGACGUCGUCCAUGUCUUGCAGAAAGAUGACACAGAUAGAGACCUCUGUGAUACUACCAUCGUCGAGAAAAUUAUAAGUAAUCUUCAAGAGUUGGCGACCUGUUCGACACAGCGUAACAUGGCCCUACACUAUACGGUACACCCUCUACUUUGGACGUUCUUAGAGGUGCUGGGAUUCUUCUCUUACUUCGGCGUCAUGCUUAUUGUGACGGAGUCAAGUCAAAUGGACCUCAUGAUGUGUAUCAUAACAGUCUUCUCAAUUAGUUUGCUUUGCUACGUCAUUGGUGAUCUCGAUCAUCCAUUCAGUGGCUACUUCAGGGUUAAUCUGAGUACAUUGUGGCAUCUGGUUGGCAAAGCCGAGUAUUUCUACCACCAAGAGCAGGGUCAAGAUUCGAAUUGCAUCCAUACACCAAGUACCACAUCCCUCUCCACUGCCACGCCCAGCAAGAAACUCUCCCCCUCUACCCCCAGUGCUCGAUCAAGACAGACUUUAUAACAAAACUGUAGACUUUAUGUCUACUUUUUUCCGUAGCCAUUAUGUAAAUUAAUCAUUAGCUUGCUCUAUUCAGUCAACAAUUACCUGUAACUUUUAAAUAUCCCUAGAAGAAUGGCAAUGAACUCAAAGCCAAAAUAUUAAAGGGAUCCGGUAACUUUGUCUCAGAUUCUGACAAAAAAUUCUGGAUUUAGCUCAUGAUGCAUUGAUAAUUAUAAACCUUUAGAUCAGUCAGG